UCCCUCAAUUUCUUAUCUUGAAUUAACAAAUUAUCUUAUAUUUUGGAUUAGGAAUGAAGACGAGCAAUCAUAGUAGUAUAAAAAUAAUAUUCCCAAUAAUAAGUUUUAUAUUUUUGUUAAUAUUUUCAGUCGAAUCAAAAUCUCCUCUUGAUCCUUAUAAGGUAUUAGGGGUCGAAAAGGAUGCAACUCAAAGACAGAUUCAGAAAGCUUUCCACAAGCUCUCUCUUCAAUAUCAUCCUGACAAGAACAAAGACAAAGGCGCUCAGGAGAAGUUUGCUGAGAUAAAUAACGCAUACGAUAUUUUGUCUGAUGAAGAAAAGAGAAAGAAUUAUGAUAUGUUUGGGGAUGCAAGGGGUAGUCCUGGAUUUGAUGGGGGGAAUGGUGGAAACAGUGGCGGACAUACGUUCUUCAGAAGUGGUGGGCCAGGACAAAGUGGGUUUAGAUUUUCGCCUGAUGAAUGGCAAACAAUGGGUGGUCCAAGUGGUGGUUCGAAGACGUAUUCAUUUUCCUUUGGUGGAAAUGGCAGGCCUAGUAGCGGCGGUUCAUUUGAAUUUGAUAUAGGUGAUGUUUUUUCUAACUUUUUUGGUGGCGGUAGUCAGUUUGGAAGCUUUGGUAAUUCAGGACGGUCACAUUCUAGCUUUCGGAGCUCUCCUAGGAGCAUAGUGUCGAUCAAUUCACAAAUGUAUAAGAAAGAAGUAACUGAUAAAGGGAUCGCUUGGCUUCUCUUCUCUUAUGCACCAUCAAUGAAUGGGAUGGAGCACUAUGAAUCUAUUGUAGAUGAAGUUGCUAGCUCACUGAAAGGACUGAUACAGGCGGGAAGUGUGAAUUGUGAAGUAGAAUCAUCUCUGUGCAAAGAACUAGGUAUUCGUGCAAGGAAUAGACCUCGAGUCUAUGUUUACUCAUACAAAACAAGUGAAGCUGGUUCAUUGCUCGAGUACACAGGUGAUGUAACUGUUAAAGAUUUGAAGUCAUUUGUUCAAGAUCAUCUGCCAAGGUUCUCAAAACGUGUCACUUUGGGCCAAUUUGAGGCUGAGUCUGUUACUGUGGAGCCAUUGCCUAAAGUGAUGCUUCUUUCUACUAAGAAAGAUACCCCUGUUAUAUGGCGUGCACUUAGUGGCUUGUAUCGCAAACGUUUUGUCUUCUAUGAUACACAGGUCCAAGAUGUUUCAGAUCCAAGAUUAAAAAAACUGGGUGCUGAUGAACUUCCAGCUGUAGUUGGCUGGCUAUCAAAUGGAGAAAAGCGGAUUCUGAAAACUGGUAUCCAUGUAAAAGAUAUGAAAUCCACAAUUAGUGACCUUGGUUCUGUACUCAUUGAGUUGGAGAAACAGAACAAGAAGAUAGCUUCGACCCAGAGUACGAAACCACAGGCCGAUUCAGACAAGGAAGUGAUCCCUUUGUUGACAGCCACAAAUUUUGAUGCUGUCUGUGGGGAUAAAAUACCCGUUUGCAUAAUUGGAGUCUUUAGAUCCUUCAAGGGAAGGGAAAAACUUCAAACCAUACUCUCGUCGGUAUCACAAAAGUCGUUACUAAGGAGGCAAAAUCCAGCUUCUGGUCCAAGGGAUUCUGUUUCUUAUGCUCUUUUGGACGCUUCUUAUCAAUCUUCGUUCUUGUACGCGUUUGACAAAUCAGGUUUCAAACCAUCAGACGCACUUUUGAUAGCUUACAAACCGCGCAAGUGGAAGUUUUCAGCUUUUAGAGGUGAUAUAACUUCAGAGGAAGUUGAAAAAUUCGUUGGUUCGGUUCUUAAUGGUGAUGUACAGUUUAGCAAGACCAGGCAAAAGCCCUCACUCAAGUGAAACGUUUUUAGUUUUGCUUUGAAAUGAAACAUAGAUGACAGUAUAAGCAAA